AUGGUAGACCAAGAAAAAGGCUUCAAGGCAGAGCAGGUUCUGGUUGCCCCUGCGCCGGCUUACUUAGAAGAUACUGGGAGCCAGGUACUUGGGACUUCUAAAACCCAGUAUGAGUCGAGCCGGCAUCUGCAGAUGAUUGCAAUUGGUGGCGGUAUCGGGUUAGUAAUCGGGUAUUGGGACAUGGACACAAACAUCUGUGUUUGGAUCACAGUUUUCCUGGUGGCCAUCGUUGCCAUCAAUAUCUUCGGCAUCCUUGGCUACGGCGAGGAGGAAUUCUGGAGCAGCAGCCUAAAGCUUGCGGCCGUUGUCAUUUUCAUGAUUAUCGCGCUUGUGUGUGUCCUUGGUGGUGGGCCCAAAAAUGGUAUGUAUUCCGAAUAUUGGGGUGCUAGGUUCUGGUACGACCCUGGCGCAUUCCGGAACGGAUUUAAGGGCUUCUGCUCCGUCUUCGUCACUGCAGCGUUUGCCUUUUCUGGGACGGAAUUGGUCGGUUUCGCUGCCGCCGAAUCCAAUACCCCUGUCCAAUCCCUGCCCUCCGCGGUGAAACAAAUCUUCUGGCGCAUCAGCUUGUUCUAUAUCCUUGCUCUCUUUUUUGUUGGCCCCCUUGUGCCCUACGAUGAUACGCGGUUGCUCGGGAGUGUCUAUAUCAAUGUCAAAGCUUCUCCGUUCGUCAUCGUCGCCAAGAACGCCGGGCUCAUAGGAUUUGACCAUUUUAUGAAUGUCGUCAUCUUAGUUUCCGUUCUCUCUAUCGGAAAUUCAAGUGUAUAUGGUGGUUCCCGGACGUUAACUGCCCUGGCGGAGCAGGAAUAUGCGCCCAGAAUGUUUUCGUUUGUUGACUUGGCGGGCCCCGCCCGACGCAUGGCAUCCCUCAUGUUGAUUUUAUAUGUCGCCGUUGUUGAUAUGGAUGCCGAGACCUUCUUCAAGUCUUACCUUGCUGCACCUAUUGUCAUGUUUUUCUGGGUCUGUGGUUACUUAUGGAAGGGUCAGGGUUGGCUCAAACUUAGCCAGAUUGAUGUUGAUUCCGGCCGCCGAGAGAUUGACUGGGAAGCGCACAACCUACGUGUACAGCACAUGUGCAUACGUUCAAAUAUUGUGGCAGAUUAUCUUCACAUUCUUUCUGGUAAUAAUUUUCUCUUCUUCCUGUACCACUUCGCCGGAGGCAAAAAGGACGUAGAUGUCCAGGUUUGGGUUCGGCGUAAUGGAAAUGAUACAGUCCGCUGCAAUUGUGCCAUUGCCAUCUAUUUCCCGGGUAUCGCGGAUUAUCCCAUUCUCGCCUGGAUUGGACCUCCUAUACGAAGCACACUCUACAUUUUCAAGGAUUGA